AUGUCUGAAAAAACGGAGGUUGAUUUAACCGGAGCUAAGCAAAACACCGGUGUAUGGCUAGUAAAGGUUCCCAAGUACUUGGCCCAGCAGUGGGCCAAAGCAUCCGGAAAAGGAGAAAUUGGAAAGCUCAAGAUUGUAAAGAAACAAGGAAAAGCAGAUGUGUCGUUCACCCUGAAUGAGGACCUAACCAGCCUGUCUGCCCUGGGGGAGAAGGCAGCGUCUGUACGAGCUCCCCGGGACCACCCAUUCACCAUGCAUAGUGUGGGGGGGCAGACCCUGGCUGUGUUCACUGAGACCUCUGCAGGUAACAGACUACUGCCCUGCUCUGCUCUAGGCACAACAACAGGUAGUGAUAAGAUCAGUCUGGAGGGCAUGGUGGUACAGAGAGCGGAGUGCAGACCAGCCGUCAAUGAAAACUAUAUGAAACUGAAGAAAUUACAGAUUGAGGUGUCUACCAAGCCCCAGCGUCUGACCGAGCAGAUGGACAGGGCUGUCACCAACAACUUCAAGCCUGUAGCCAACCAUGUUGCUAACGUGGAGUAUGAGAAGAAGAAGAAGGCUGAAGGUAGGAUGGUGAGGGCAGACAGACAGCAGGUGAUGGACAUGCUCUUCUCCGCCUUUGAGAAACACCAGUACUACAACAUCAAAGACCUGGUGGAGGUCACCAAGCAACCUGUGACCUACUUGAAGGAGAUUCUGAGGGAGAUAGGAGUGUACAACGCUAAAGGGACGCACAAGAGUACAUGGGAACUGAAGCCAGAGUACCGCCACUACCAGGGAGGAGAGGAGGAGAUAAAGAGUGACUAGCCCAGAACAGAGCACCCUGUCUGGGAUACAGACAUUGACCUGGGGGCCUACCAUCACGGAAGUCUUUGUUCUUUUGUCUUUCACUUCAUAUAAAACUGCUACC